AUGGCUUCUCUUCCUCCCCGCAAGCUCUUUAUCGGAAAUGAGUUUGUAGACUCCCAACACAGCAAUGGCGAAAAGUUGACGUUGCUGAACCCAGUUGACGACUCGGUCGUCGUGGAUGACCUUCAAUUGGCCGGAAAAGAAGAUGUUAACCGAGCCGUCGCGCUUGCGAACGAGGCAUUCCGAAAGGGACCAUGGGCUUCGUUUACUGGUGUUCAGCGCGCCGCGUGUCUCAACAAAUUCGCUGAUAUCGUCGAGAAGAAUGUCGACCAUCUUGCCUACUGCGAGUCCCUUCCCACUGGACGUCCCAUUGCAGGCAUUAUUCACAUGGAUUUGGCUCACAUGGCCCAAGUUUUCCGAUAUUACGCUGGAUGGGCAGAUAAGAUUGCUGGACAAUCGUUCUCAGAAGACAACGGCUUUGCCAAGAUCGUAAGAUACGAACCUCUGGGCGUGUGCGCGAGCCUGGCGUCCUACAAUGCGACUUUCCUCUACGUCGGCUGGAAGCUUGCGCCAGCUCUAGCGGCAGGAAACACGGUCAUAUUCAAGCCCUCCGAGAAAUCCCCGCUGGGAAUUCUCGCUAUGGCGCCGCUCUUCGCAGAGGCUGGAUUCCCGCCUGGCGUCGUGCAAUUCUUGACGGGCGCCAGAGAGACUGGAGCUUUGCUGUCCUCACACCAAAAAAUAGCAAAGAUCAGCUUCACUGGCUCCAUUGCCGCUGGAAAAGCUGUCCAAGAAGCUGCGACGAAUAGCAACCUCAAGAAAGUCACUCUGGAGCUUGGCGGCAAAUCAGCAGCUGUGGUGUUUGACGAUGCGGACUUCGAUCUCUGCGUGGGCUGCGUCGGCGGCGGCUUCCUCGCCAACUCGGGGCAGAUUUGUGUUGCGGCCUCUCGCGUGUUGAUUCAGGAAUCUAUUGCACCCAAGUUCAUUCAGGCCAUCAAAGAGGUCUUUGAGCAGGCCCGAGACGGUAUGGGCAGCAGUCCUCUAGAACUUUCGACGCAGCACGGCCCGAUAGUCGAUAAAUCACAGUUCGACCGAAUCAUGGGAUACAUUGAGAAAGGCAAGCAAUCUGCCGAGCUCAUCACUGGUGGUAACAGGAAAGGAUCUAAGGGAUGCUUCAUCGAGCCAACGUUGUUCGUCAACCCAACCUCGGACAGCCCAAUCUGGAAGGAGGAGAUUUUCGGGCCCGUCCUCACAGUUAAGACGUUCAAGACCGAGGAGGAAGCCAUCGAGCUAGCCAACGACACAGUCUACGGACUUGCCUCGUGUCUUUACACAUCAGAUCUCUCACGAGCCUUGCGUGUUUCCUCGGCCCUCGAGAGCGGCGGAGUGUCUGUGAACUCUCCGUACCUCCCGGAGCUCAACACUCCGUUUGGAGGUUCAAAGCAGAGCGGACAAGGCAGAGAACUUGGCUCUCACGGCCUGUACAGCUACCUAGAACCCAAGUCAGUGCAUAUAAAAAUUACGGCAGCCAGACUGUAA